AUGGAUACAGAAGCAGUGGAGAUAUUCGUGGCCAGAGAGGAUGGGAAGAUGUUUCAGGCUGAUGGGGGUGCAGUGAAGCUCUGCAUUUCAGAGCUCGAUGUAGACACCUCCAAGUUCACUGAACAUGUCUUCCACACCUUUGUCACCAAUAGUGACGUCUCCAUCGACUUCCGAGUGUUCAUCAUUGCUCUGAGCCUGACCUCUCGGGGCAAGCUGGAACAGAAGGUCAAGUGGGCCUUCAGCAUGUCUGACCUAGACAGCAAUGGCUAUAUCAGCUUCAGUGAAAUGCUGGAGUUAGUGCAGCAGAGCGAGGACCAUAACCCACCCUCCGUCCUCCAGAGCACACUCACAGAUGCCCCUUUGCAGGCCAUCUACAAGAUGGUGUCCUCCAUGAUGAAGAUGCCCGAGGACAAGUCCAUGCCUGAGAAUCGAACAGACAAGAUCUUCAGGCAGAUGGACACAAACAAUGAAGGCAAAAUGUCCCUGGAAGAAUUCAACAAAGGUGCCAAGAGCGACCCAUCCAUUGUCCGGUUGCUGCAGUGUGAUCCCAGCAGUGCUAGCCAGUUCUGAGGGGAAUGGGCUUUUACACAGUUGUGAGAAACACAGGCUUGACCUGCCAUCUUCAGCUUUGCUUGCAAAAGUGGUUUUCUCCAUGAUUUCUCCUGCUCUCUAGGGACCUGGGUCCAGACAGCACAUCACACUCACCUGGUCUGGCUGGAUGCAGCUCCCUCCUCUGUCUGAUCCAGAUAGAUGUCCCUCCCCAUCCAGUCCAGGCUGGUUCCUUCCAAGGUUUCAAGUGUUCUCAGUUGUAGGGCUCCUUCCCUGCCCACAGAGGGCCUGGAGGCCCUUAAGGACACCAGACAGGACUUUUCAAUAUCUUACCGAGACCAGCUGAUUUAUUCUAUGAUCCCAGCUGACUUUGUGAGGAUGAAGAUGGAGAGUAGAUAGGCAAGCCCUUCCUGUGCAUGGCUCCACCUCCCUUGUUCAUUUGCUCUGACCAAAGCUGUUUGCAUGUAUAUACUGCGGUAUCCUUUCUUUUAAUAUAUGUUUUGUAUAAAGUGAGAAGGUUCAGCCCCUGUAUUUAAAGCCUCUGACUGCCUUUAAAGCAUGGUUCCCUGUGGCCUGUGAUUCUCCCCACCCCCAAGUCUGGCUGUGCUGUGGUAUUUAAGUAUUCAUUUGCCUAAUUACACAGGAGAUACAUGCAUGCCCAAGGCUGUGGACAUCUGCCCUCUGUCCUGCAAACACAGGUGUUCCUGUGUGCUCCAUCCUUCCUUUCUAUUGGUCUGGCAUAUUAAAAUGAUCUAAUAAACCAA